AUGUCAAAUAAUAAUAAUAAUAAACAACCAAAAGAUCAAAUUGAAAAUCCAUUUGAUAAUUCAAAUCUAAUUGAUUUAGAUCUAGAUUCAAAUCCUUAUGAUUAUGACCCCAAUUAUAUAUAUCCUCAUACAACUAGACCGAAACCUGAAAAUCCAUUUCAAGAUCAAUUCAUAAUUUCUGAUGAUGAAGAAGAAGAAGAAAUACCCGUGACGAGAGGUGAAAUUCCAAUAAUUGAAGAGAAUUUUGAAUAUAUUGAUAAUGAAAAACCACGAGAUUUUGAUAUAAGAAAUAUAUGGCAAAAAAUAAAGAAUAAAGUAAAGAAAACUAAAUCUUACCCUGAUGGCCCUAGGAUAAUACAUAUUAUGAAUCAUCAAUUAAAUUCACAAUUUGGUUAUUUUGGGAAUCAUAUAUCGACUACCAAAUAUAAUUUUGUUACAUUUUUGCCAAAAUUUUUGUUUGAACAAUUUAGUAAAUAUGCAAAUUUAUUCUUUUUAUUCACAUCAAUCAUACAACAAGUCCCACACGUGUCCCCCACAAAUAAAUAUACUACAAUAGGGACAUUAAUUGUUGUUUUAUUAGUUUCAGCUUUGAAAGAAAUCUCUGAAGAUAUAAAAAGAGCAAAUGCUGAUAAAGAUUUAAAUAAUACUAAAGUGCUAGUGCUUGAAAAUGGUCAAUUUAUACUAAAAAAAUGGAUAAAAGUUCAAGUUGGUGAUAUUGUAAAAAUAAAUAAUGAAGAACCUAUUCCAGCUGAUUUAAUUUUAUUAAGUUCUUCUGAACCUGAAGGUUUGUGUUAUAUCGAAACUGCAAAUUUAGAUGGGGAAACAAAUUUAAAAAUUAAACAAUCGAAAUCUGAAACGGCAAAAUUAUUGAAUCCACAAAGUUUAUCAAGCUUACAAAAUUCAGAAAUUAUAUCCGAACAACCAAAUAGUUCAUUAUAUACUUAUGAAGGUAAUUUAAAACAAAAUGGAUUUGAAAUACCAUUAAAUCCAGAUCAAUUAUUAUUGAGAGGUGCAACUUUAAGAAACACUCAAUGGGUCAAUGGUGUUGUUAUAUUUACUGGACAUGAAACUAAAUUAAUGAGAAAUGCGACCGCAACUCCUAUAAAACGAACAGAUGUGGAAAGAAUUAUAAAUUUACAAAUUAUUGCAUUAUUUUGUGUAUUGAUCGUAUUGGCUUUAAUUUCAUCAAUUGGUAAUGUUAUAAAGUCAAAAGUUGAUGCUGGUCAAUUGGAGUAUUUGCAUCUUGAAGGUACAUCAAUGGUAACUUUGUUUUUCCAAGAUUUAUUAACUUAUUGGAUUUUGUUUUCAAAUUUAGUUCCAAUUUCUUUAUUUGUUACUGUUGAAUUAAUAAAAUAUUAUCAAGCUUUUAUGAUUGGGUCUGAUUUAGAUAUGUAUUAUGAAGAAACUGAUACACCAACUGGUGUCAGGACUUCAUCGUUAGUUGAAGAAUUGGGACAAAUUAAUUAUAUAUUCUCAGAUAAAACAGGUACAUUGACUAGAAAUAUUAUGGAAUUCAAAUCUGUUUCAAUUGGAGGUAGAUGUUAUAUCGAAGAAAUACCUGAAGAUGGGUAUCCACAAAUUAUUGAUGGUAUUGAAGUUGGUUUUCACACAUUUAAUGAAUUACAUGAUGAUUUAAAAAACACUUCAACUCAACAAUCAGCAAUUAUAAAUGAAUUUUUAACUUUAUUGAGUACAUGUCAUACCGUUAUUCCAGAAAUUACAGGUGAUAAUAAAAUUAAAUAUCAAGCAGCAUCUCCAGAUGAAGGUGCUUUAGUUCAAGGUGCUUGUGAUCUAGGCUAUAAAUUCAUUAUUCGUAGACCAAAAGGUGUUACAAUUGAAAAUACAUUAACUAAAACACAAUCAGAAUAUGAGUUAUUAAAUAUUUGUGAGUUUAAUUCAACAAGAAAAAGAAUGAGUGCAAUUUUUAAAUGUCCUGAUGGUGUGAUUAGAUUAUUUUGUAAAGGUGCAGAUACUGUUAUACUCGAAAGAUUAUCAAAAGAUGAACCUCAACCAUUUGUCGAUUCAACCUUGAAACAUUUAGAAGAUUUUGCUGCUGAGGGUUUAAGAACUUUAUGUAUUGCAUCAAGAAUAAUUUCACAGAAUGAAUAUGAUGAAUGGUCUAAAAAAUUUCAAGAAGUAUCAACUUCGUUAGUUGAUAGACUGGAAAAAUUAGAUGCAGUUGCUGAAUUGAUUGAAACUAAUUUGUUUUUACUUGGUGCAACUGCAAUUGAAGAUAAAUUACAAGACGGAGUACCUGAAACUAUUCAUACUUUACAAGACGCAGGUAUAAAAAUUUGGGUUUUAACUGGUGACAGACAAGAAACUGCCGUAAAUAUUGGUAUGUCAUGUAAAUUAUUGAGUGAAGAUAUGAAUUUGUUGAUUAUAAAUGAAGAAAAUAAAACAAAUACUAGAUUGAAUUUACAAGAAAAAUUAACAGCUAUACAAGAACACCAGUUUGAUGUUGAAGAUGGUUCAUUAGAAAGUUCAUUAGCUUUAAUCAUCGAUGGGCAUUCACUAGGAUAUGCAUUAGAAGCAGAUUUAGAAGAUUUAUUUAUUGAAUUAGGUUCAAGAUGUAAAGCUGUUAUAUGCUGUAGAGUUUCACCUUUACAAAAAGCACUAGUUGUUAAAAUGGUUAAACGUAAAAAGAAACAAAGUUUAUUAUUAGCAAUCGGUGAUGGUGCAAAUGAUGUUUCUAUGAUUCAAGCUGCUCAUGUUGGUGUUGGUAUUUCAGGAAUGGAAGGUAUGCAAGCUGCUAGAAGUGCUGAUAUUUCAAUUGGACAAUUCAAAUAUUUGAAAAAAUUAUUACUUGUUCAUGGCUCUUGGUCAUAUCAAAGAAUUUCAACUGCCAUCUUAUAUUCAUUUUAUAAAAAUAUCACCCUUUACAUGACUCAAUUUUGGUUUGUUUUUACCAAUGGGUUUUCAGGACAAUCAAUUGCUGAAUCUUGGACAUUGACAUUUUAUAAUGUUUUAUUUACAGUUCUACCACCAUUUGUUUUGGGUGUUUUUGAUCAAUUUGUUUCUGCUAGAUUAUUAGAUAAAUAUCCUCAAUUAUAUCAAUUAGGUCAACAAAGAAAAUUUUUCAAUGUACCAAUUUUUUGGAGUUGGAUUAUAAAUGGAUUUUAUCAUUCAGCUGUUAUUUUUCUUUGUUCAUUCUUUAUCUACAGAUAUAUGAAUAAUUUAGCUAGUGGAUUAACAACUGAUAAUUGGGCAUGGGGAGUUGCUGUUUAUUCAGCAUGUACUUUAACAGCUUUGGGUAAAGCAGCACUUGUUGUUACUUUAUGGACUAAAUUUACAUUGAUUGCAAUUUUAGGUUCAUUUGUAUUAUGGUUAUGUUGGUACCCUGCGUAUGCAACAAUUGCCCCAAUGAUAAAUGUUUCAGUUGAAUAUAGAGGUGUUUUAAGAGCAACUUAUCCAUCAAUAACAUUUUGGGGUAUGAUAUUUGGAAUUUCAGUAUUAUGUCUUUUACGAGAUUUAGCUUGGAAAUUUUAUAAAAGAUUAUAUAUUCCAGAAAGUUAUCAUUAUGUUCAAGAAAUUCAAAAAUAUAAUAUUCAAGAUUAUAGACCAAGAAUGGAACAAUUUCAAAAAGCCAUUAGAAAAGUUAGACAAGUACAAAGAAUUAAGAAACAAAGAGGUUUUGCAUUUUCACAAAGUGAAGGACAAGAUCAAGAUAAAAUUGUUAGACUUUAUGAUACUACUAAAAGAAGAUAA